UAAAAAUUCAAAAAGACAAGCAGAAGUGAAAAUAUAGAGAAAAUUAUUUAAAAUUCAUAAAAAAUUGUUUUAAACGAUAAUUAAGUGUUUAAUUAAUUAAGAAAAGACAGAUAGGACAAUGUCUUACGCUUAUCUAUUCAAGUACAUCAUCAUAGGAGAUACAGGUAUGAGAUAAAGUGAAAUUUUCCAUUUUCUUUGUUUUCGAUCGAUUUUUUCCUUCCACUUUGGCUUUUUCCUCGUCGUCGCAAAAAUUUAUGCCUGAUUAUCGCAUAAAAGACUGUCAAAUUUGCUAUAAUAAAAUUUUGUCAAUCAGUAUCACAGCAGAUGUUUACAAUCUACGUCUUAUUUUAAUAAUUGACCGUGAAAAUUGUGUGAUUUGGACAUAAAAUAUGUUUGCAAAAGAUCCAGUUGGAUAGAAAUCUUCAUCAUUAUAUGCUCUAGUCAGCAUAAAAACAAUAAAAUAUGAUUUUAUAUCGACAAUAGCCAACUCCCCUAAUGAAAAGUCUAAAUCCAUACGUACGAUACGGAGACAAUUGUAUGAGCAAUGAAAGUUUGUGAAAUCUGAUAUGUUUAACAAGUAAAAAUCACAAAGAAGAGACAUCAAAUCGAUAAAACCAAAUUGCAUAAUUGACAAGAUAUUGUCGUACACAAUCUGUGUAUUAUAAAUAAAUCUAAUAAGAUGAUGAAUGAGAAUUGAUAAUUAAAAAUAUUUAAAAAUGAUUCAUACGCAGUUGUAAAUUGAGAGGAGAAAGAAGCUUGUUUUGUGACGUCACAGAUUGGUAUAUAAACUUAAUAGUCAGCUGAUUUAGCCAUACUUCUGAAGAGUUCUAUGGACUAUGCUUCAUUUAUGAUUCAUUUCUGUUCUUUAACAUUACUCAUCAUUCUCAUGUUGCCAACAAUCUGUUGUGCCUCCCACGCAUUCAUAUCACUUACUGAUAACACAAAAAUUUAUUUCUAGGAGUUGGAAAGUCCUGUUUACUGCUACAAUUUACCGAUAAAAGAUUCCAACCAGUUCAUGAUCUCACAAUAGGUGUUGAAUUUGGAGCUCGCAUGAUUACAAUUGAUGGAAAACAAAUUAAAUUACAAAUUUGGGACACUGCUGGUCAGGAAGCUUUCAGAUCAAUUACGAGAAGUUAUUAUCGUGGAGCGGCAGGAGCAUUAUUGGUUUAUGAUAUAACAAGACGAGAGACAUUUAAUCAUUUGACAACAUGGCUAGAAGAUGCUCGUCAACACUCAAAUUCCAAUAUGGUGAUAAUGCUAAUUGGCAAUAAAAGUGAUUUGGAAUCACGUCGAGAGGUAAAGAAAGAGGAAGGAGAAGCUUUUGCACGCGAACAUGGGCUAGUAUUUAUGGAAACGUCGGCUAGGACUGCAGCUAAUGUUGAGGAAGCAUUCAUUAAUACAGCCAAAGAAAUUUAUGAGAAAAUUCAGGAGGGAGUCUUUGAUAUCAAUAAUGAGGCAAACGGCAUCAAAAUCGGAACUGUUUCAACUCCAACAAAUCCUUCUAUAGGCUCAAAUUUGCCCGGAGGUCAAUCAAGCAAUUCAUGCUGUUAAAUUUAUUUAAAAAAAAACUAAUUCAAGAAUAAAAAACCUUUUUAACGAAAAUCACCGGCAUUAAAAAAUUGUAAAAGAAGAAUUGAGUAUGAAAUGGACAAAGAUCAUAAAAAAUAAUAAUAAUUAAUUAAUUGCAACCUACAUUUUAAUAUGUAAAGGAAGUAAAAAUCUAU